UAAUUAUUUUUUUUUAAUUCUCAGGAUCGCAACACCAUGAAGACUUACGCAUUCGCCGUUUUGAUGCUCUUGGCUGGCGCAAGCGCUCUGCCCACACUUAGCGAAGAUGAACUCAGACAGCAGAGAGUGAUCACUGACACCAUCCAAGGUCUGAUCGAAAGAUUGAGACAGGCCAUCAGGGACCGUGGUCUAGACCCAUACAAGCUUGAGUUCGCUGAGAGUUCCUUCGCUCUUUCGGAACCAGAAAUCGUCAGUGGCUAUGCUUUCGCAAGGGAUGUGACACUAGACGGCCUCAGCAACAUCAGAGUUAACAGCAUCAACUUCUCAAUCCUCGCCCAGAGACUGACAAUUGAUGUAUCUCUGCCAAACCUCAGGGGCAGCGUUGGUGAAUCCGCAUUCGAAAUGAACUUCUUCGACCGUGAAUGGGCUGGACAAGGCAGUGGAAGUUUGGAAAUCGUCAACCUCGGUAUUAAAGCCGAUGUCAGGGUAUCAGUCGGUGUCAUCUCUGGCAUCACCGUACGCAGCAUCGACUUAGACUUGUACCUUGAUGAUGUUGUGUCUGACUUGAACGUGAAUAUUUUCGGCCGCGACCUCUCCGCCUCCUUCAACAACUUCUUCAACGGUCUUCCCGCCUUCGUUAAAGAGAACACGGUUGCCAUCAACGGUCUUCUUGAGUACAUCGCGUGGAUAAUCGUCGAAAGAGUUUUGGAUAACUAAUUUGUAAUACUUCAAGUUGAAUUGUUUUGAAAUGUGAUUAAAUGCAAGUAAGAUCGAUGUGUUGUAAAAAUAAAUAUGUAUCAAAAUAUAAUUUGUCUAAUUAAAUAACAUACUUUCAUAUCU